UUUACACAUCUUUCUUUUCUCUUCCACCCUUCCAUUCCUCCCGCCCCGUACUCCCGCACCCCCUCGACUUCGAACCGCCAUUCAAAAAUCCGAAGCCAUCCAUCAUCUACGUCUGAACCGAAGCUCCCAACACACAAUCGGUGGCCGAACGCUACUCCAAUGAAGGCUGCUCCCAGCGAAGGACGAUGCUCCAACCGGCCGUAGCUGCUCCAACCGACGAACCCCGCUCCAACCGAUGAGGCGCUACUCCAAGUUCAACGGAAAAGACCUUGAAUGGCCGGAAAUCAGUUGAUGUGAGAUUUGAUGACUUUAAAGAUUUAUUCAAAUUAGUGAGUGUUUAAAGUUUGAAGGUAUGGUGAGAACUACUUUGACAAGACUUGCUGAAAGGGCUUUCGAAUUGCAAAUUCCUAUCCGCGACCACUUUCCUGCUCAAAUAUUACUAUGUUCACAAUUGAAAGACGUUGCAAAGUUGGUGAAAUCAGCUUUGUCUCCUCAGUAGCUUGCUCACUUCGGAAUAUGCCGUGGGGCCAUCUUGUUGAUGUGCUAGACCUUCAGUUCUCUGCACAAAUUGUCCAUAGCUUGUUGUUGAGGCUUGUGUGUGACCAGCCCAAAUAUGAACUAUGGUUUUGCGUCAAUGACGAGUUGUUGAAGUUUACCUAUGCAGAUUUUGAACGCAUAACUGGGUUCUGUUCUAUUAGUCCAACUCUGGUCAUCUCUGAUGAUGAUGAAGGCAAUGGGACGUUGCUAGAUAAGUUCUUCGGUGGUGCCACGGAGAUCAGCUUUGGGACGUUGACGGCAAAGAUGAAGUCAAUAAAGCCGAAAAAGAGAGGGCGAGAGGUUCAAGGAGAGUAAGAAAGCCAAUCCCCAAUACAAAAAUGCAAAACUCACUUUGCACGGCCUUCCUCACGUCCUACAGGUUUGAAGCUUAUGAGAGUCUGCCAGAGCUAGGACGGAGAUGUGCUGAACGCGUUGGCAAUCAUGACAUUCCCUUUCUCACUGGAAGGUUACGGGGUUCUUUCAUUUGCAAAAGCUAAAUGAACUGAUUUUCAAGGAUCAUUACGAUGAGGAAGACGAGGAAGACGAUGGUGAAGAUGAUGAUGGCUUCAAAUCCAGGAUGAUGGAAGAAAUGAAAAAGCUACGGGCGGAAGUGGUGUCUCUGGAGGCAAGGCUGAAAGCAAUGGAAGACAUGAUGAAUGUCGGGAGUGUGCAUGGCUGAGGAGAAGCAUGAUGAAGAUGCCAAGCAUCAUGCUGAUGAAGAUGAAGAUGCCAAGAAUGAUGAAGUUCCAGUUGUUGUUGAGGAGGUGGAAAAUGCAAAUGCAUCUGAUAUGAAUGCCUCUGUACCUUAUGAGGUUCAUGAAUCUGUAGCUGAAAAUGAGAAACAUGUGGAAGUGGAAAAAGAAAAUGCGUGUAAUAUGAAUGACUCUCUACCUUCUCAUGAGGGUCAUGAAGCUAUAGCUCAACAUGAGAAGCAUGAGGAAGUUUUAUUGUGUUUCCCAUUAUAGAACAUGUUUCCCCUUUGUAUUCAUUAAUUAGUGCCUGACUUUCCUUUUUUGUUUGUCUCAUAUAUGUUUUGUCUGUGUGUCUGUAUGUCCUUUAAAAUGAAUUUCAGGGCGAAAAUGCAAAUGUGUCUGAUAUUAAUGACGAAAUACCUUCUGAUGAGGGUCAUGACACUGUAGCUCAACAUGAAAAGCAAGAGGAAGUGGCUAAUGCGCAUGUACCCUCUGAUGAGUGUCAUAAAGCUGAAGCUGAACAUGAGAAUUGUUAGGAAUAUUUAUGGUGUCCAAUCCUGGGACAAACAAGAAUAAUGAAGAAAUUGCACACGUUGCCGAGGGGGGUCAUGAAGCUCACGCUGAAGUUGUUGACAUGUUUGAAGCAGCUACUGAUGUUGGUCAGGAGGGCCGAAUUGGUGACAGGGCAACAUUUAUCAUAUCAAACAUCGUGCAUGAAGUGGAUAAUGCAAAUGAAUCCGAGAAUCAUGACUUUGUAUCUUCUGAUAAGGCGUAUUGGGAUGACGUGGUGGACGAGUGGCAAGUUGCCGCUAAAGGGGACUUGGAGACUGAGGCGGGUGACGUGGGUAUGAAAAGGAAAAAGUUUGCCUCUAAGUUCAAGCUUAGCCCUUUCACCAACCCUAAGCCAAAGCGGCUAAAAGCCAUGAACAAAGCAAAGGAUAAUAUCAGCCAAGUAGACGAGUGGACUAAUUUGAAGAAUUGGGUUGAAGCUGAAGACAGUGUUUCCCCUUCAAGUGUCAUGCUACGUGUCCAUGAACUCCUUGAAGUGAGCAGGAGUUUUCUCAGAGUCCUACUAUCUCCUGAUCACUGGAUGUCGAGCACGGUGAGAUCAUUGUACACCUAAACCUUUUGAGUUAAUGUUUUUUUAGAUUUUUUUAAACAUUGUUUGUUAUGUUUGUAGCACCUUCAUGCAAUAACGUACUUGCUAAAUAAAGACAUCGGUGCGCAUACGGUGACUUUGAUCAGACCCUACGUUGUGGUAUUCAUGUAAUUUCUUUUUCGUGAUAUGAUCUUUUUAAUAGCCUUAUAUUUUUUAAUUUAUAUAAUGUUUGUAGCAUAAAAUCCUUAAGAAAGAGAUAGGCAAUGACACACAUUGGAGUGGAGAUAAAUACCUGAAAAAGCUGGACUGGAAAUGUUUUACUACGGUAUUGUCUGUCUAAGUGUUGUAAACGUCUGUCUGUUAUUAUUUCACUAAUAUUUUGUCUGUCUCGAUAGAACACCUAGAAUUUUUGAUGAAUUGUUAAUUUUUGGCAGGUUUUGUUUCCUUUAAAUAUUGAAAAGAAGCAUUGGAUCUUGGCAGAAGUUGUGUUUGGGAGUAGACUGGUUAGAGUUUACGACUCGCUUAAGACUUCUAGGACUCCAUUUUAUGCUAAGGAGUUGUGUGAGCGGCUGCCUUACCUAGUUCGUGCAAUGGGUUUGCGUGCGGAUGAUAGUGAUUUGCAACCAUGGAAAGCAGAAGCUAUAGAUGUUGUGCCUCAACAAAAAGAAUCGUAUGAAAUUCAAUAUUAAUAUGCAUUGCAUUUAUUGUCUGUGGAAGUGUUGUAACUCUCUGUCUGGGAUAAUUUUGUCUGUCUACAAGUUGGGUGAAUGUGGCGUGAUGGUCCUAGCUUUUGCAGAGCAGCUACUCCAAGGAAAAUCAUUUCUUCCUGAUUGCGACUAUGGCAACAUGUCCAACAAAAGACUUGAAUAUGGUAUUCGGCUUUGGCGCUUGAAGAAGGAAGAUGCGUAGAGUGUUGUAGAAAUCAUUUUUAUUUCAACUUGUGGUUCGAACAAGUGUUGUUUUUGUGUAUCUGUUGAACUUCCAAACAAUACAUGGCUGGGGUAUUUUGGGGAAAUAUGUCGAAGUUUGUACAAUGUUUAGUACUAAAUGUUGUACAAUCUUCAACAAUUGGU